AUGGCGGUAACGGUGACGGUGGAGCCCGCUGGCCGCAGCCUCUGGGACGAGCCCGUGCGCAUCUCGGCCAGCGGCCUGGCCCCCGGGCAGCGGGUCACGCUGCGCGCGUCCCUGCGCGACGAGAAGGGCGCGCUCUUCCGGGCCCACGCGCGCUACUGCGCCGACGCCCGCGGCCGGCUGGACCUGGCGCGCGCGCCCGCGCUGGGCGGCAGCUUCGCGGGGCUCGAGCCCAUGGGGCUCUUCUGGGCCCUGGAGCCCGACAAGCCCUUGCUGCGGCUGGUGAAGCGGGACGUGCAGACGCCCUUCACGGUGCAGCUGGAGGUGUUGGACGGCCACGAUCCGGAGCCCGGGCGGCUGCUGGGCCGGACGGAGCACGAGCGCCACUUUCUGGGUCCCGGGGUGCGGCGGGAGCCGGUGCGCGCGGGCCGGGUGCGCGGCACGCUCUUCCUGCCGCCAGGAGCAGGCCCCUUCCCUGGGAUCGUCGACCUGUUUGGAAGCGGUGGAGGUCUUUGUGAAUACAGGGCCAGUCUCCUGGCCGGACAUGGCUUUGCUGUGCUUGCUCUGGCUUAUUUCAGAUUUGAGGACCUCCCUGAACAUUUGAAUGAUUUGCAUCUGGAGUACUUUGAAGAAGCCGUGGACUUCAUGCUGCAGCAUCCAGAGGUGAAAGGCCCCAGUGUUGGGCUUAUUGGCUUCUCCAAGGGAGGUGACCUGUGUCUCUCAAUGGCUUCUUUCUUAAAGGGCAUCACAGCCACCGUCCUUAUCAACAGCUGUGUAGCCAACACCAUAGGGCCUCUGCAUUACAAGGACAUGAUUAUUCCUGAUCUCGGCAGUCACCCAGAGAAACAUACAAUUACUGAGUCAGGACUUUUGGAUUUUAUGGAUAUUUGGAACAAUCCAUUGGAAGAACCUUAUCGCCAAAGUGUGAUUCCACUGGAAAAGGCCCAGGGGCCCUUCCUGUUUAUUGUUAGCCUGGAUGACCAUAACUGGAAGAGUGAAUUAUAUGCUCAGAUUGCCUCUGAACGGUUACAAGCCCAUGGAAAAGACAAACCACAGAUAAUCUUCUACCCAGGAACUGGUCAUUGUAUCGAUCCACCUUACUUCCCUCCAUCGAUAGCCUCUGUGCAUGCGGUGUUGGGCCAAGCAGUAUUCUAUGGAGGUGAGCCACGGAUCCACUCAAGGGCUCAGGUGGAUGCUUGGCAGCAAAUUCAAACUUUCUUCCAUAAACAUCUCAAUGGUAAAAUGUCUAUUAAAACUAGUAAAAUAUAACUUUGUAGUUAAAUGUAUUAUAUGGCAUAUAAUCAUAUUGA